AUGGGACCAUUCCCGCCUUCAUUUGGUAAUCUCUAUAUCCUUUUGGCAGUUGACUACGUAACUAAAUGGGUUGAAGCUAUUGCAACUCCCACAAAUGAUGCUCGGGUGGUUGUCAACGGAAAUUCAAAUCGGAAGGAUUGGUCAAACGAGCUUGACGACGCUCUAUGGGCAUAUAGGACGGCGUUCAAGACACCUAUUGGCAUGUCUCCGUACAGGUUGGUGUUUGGGAAGGCGUGUCAUCUACCAUUUGAGCUUGAACACCGGGCGCAUUGGGCCAUUAAGAAGCUCAACUUUGAUUUGAAGGCCUCGGGAGAGAAUAGACUUCUUCAACUCAAUGAAUUGGAGGAGAUUCGUAAUGAGGCGUAUGAGAAUGCGAGGAUUUACAAGGAGCGCACGAAGCACUGGCAUGACAAGAGGAUCCUCCGCCGCAACUUCAUUCCGGGAGAGAAGGUACUUCUAUUCAACUCUCGCCUUAAACUUUUUCCCGGAAAGCUGAAAUCUCGAUGGUCCGGUCCAUUCACGGUUACAAAAGUCUUUCCAUUCGGCGCUGUUGAGAUACAAAGAGGAGAUGAACCUGCCUUCAAAGUGAACGGACAACGCCUUAAACACUAUUUUGAAGGUGAGGUGGAAAAGAUUGUGAGUCUCCAGCUCAUCGAGGACAUUUGA